UUAACAAUUAAAUAUAGCAAUAGGAUAAUGUAUUGUUGAUGCCACUGGUCCCUUCAGCAGCGUGACGGUUUUGGUUUUUGACGUCUAAAAGAAAUGACUUUUCAAAGCAAAAGAGCGUGGCGCCUCCAAGAGUUCGCUGCUCAUGGAGGCAAUGUCAAUUGUCUUGCUUUAGGUCCCAAGAAGGCUAGGCUUAUGGCAACUGGCGGUGAGGACAGAAAAGUGAACUUGUGGACGAUUGGGUCUCCCACUGUAACUCUGAGUCUAAGUGGACAUACAAGUGGAAUAGACUGUGUUGGUUUUGAUGAAUCAGAGGAGCAUGUAGUUGCAGGCAGUGCAUCUGGAACCAUCAAACUAUGGAACAUUGAUAAGGCACAAGUUGUCAGAACUUUGUCUGGACACAAAGCUAAUAUAUCAGCCCUUGCUUUUCAUACUUAUGGUAAAUUUCUAGCAUCUGGAUCACUUGAUACUAAUGUAAGACUAUGGGACACAAGAAGACAGGGUUGUAUUUGUACCUAUAAAGGUCAUGGUGGAAGAAUUAACUGUCUCAAGUUCAGUCCCGAUGGUAAGUGGAUUGUGACAGGAUCUGAAGAUGGCACAGUUAAGAUGUGGGAUCUAGGAACCUCUAAAGUGAUCCAAGAGUUCAAACAGCACGAUGCUGGUGUAUCAUGUUUAGAGUUUCAUCCGUGCGAGUUUCUCCUUGCCACAGGAUCUUCUGAUAAAACAGUCAAGUUUUGGGAUCUAGAGACGUUUGACCUGGUGUCUACCACUAGCAGUGAGGCUAAACCUAUUAAAAAGAUAGUGUACGAUCCUAAGGGAGAUGCCUUGUUUAGUGGAGCAGAGGACAGUUUGCGUGUGUAUGGGUGGGAGCCUGCCCGGGUCUAUGACAGUCUCUGUAUCUUCUGGGGAAAAGUAGCCGACAUGUCGGUUCAAUCAAACCAGCUCAUUGGGGCCUCUUUCCAGCACACAAACGUUGCUGUGUGGGUAGUUGACAUUGGCAAACUGAAACCUUUUAAUGGAGAUGUGACACCAUUAGUUGAAACAAGUGAAACAGGACCUCCCCCUUCUGCCCCCACACAAGCCCCCUCAAUCAGACCCAGUGUCCCCAGAUCACAACCAGCACUUUCACAACCUGCAAUCUUGCAGCCGACACAACCUUCUCAACCUGCCAGACAGGAGCCCUUGAAGAGAACCCCACCUAAACAGAGAAAGAAUCUUCAACAUUGGGAACAAAAGGGACCAACUCAGGAGCCGAGAUAUGGACCUUUAUCUCAGAAUGCAGAAGUGAAUGUUGCAGCCAAUGCGCUCGGUAAGAUCAGUCUCCUUGACAAUCAGCCUGAGCAAACCGUGACUGAGUCAGAUUUCCUGAAAACUGCUGCAGGUGGCCAUCGGGGUAUCAGAGAUAAUUUAGAAGCAAGACUGCGGAAUCUGCAGUAUGUACGCACUGUUUGGAGUAAAGGAGAUCUGAAACAAGCACUUGAAGUUGCUAUUGGUCUGAACGAGCAGGGCAUUACUGUAGAUAUUUUACAGGUAAUCCAGAGCAGGCCAGCUAUCUGGGAUCUGCACAUCUGCACGAUAGUCCUCCCCGCACUGCGCACACUCUUCCACUCCAAACACGAGAACCACCUCUUCGUCGCAUGCAGCACUCUCAAACACAUUAUCAGAAGCUUUGGCCAGCUCAUCAAGGAUAACAUGAACGCACCGCCUGUGGGUAACAUUGACAUUACGCGGGAGGAGCGGUAUAAGAAGUGCCAUCUGUGUCACCAGCAGAUAGCUAAUAUCAGUCGUGAGAUAACCAGACACUCCAGUGCGCAAGGCAAACUUGGCAGCGCUAUCCGGGAAAUUAUUAAGCUUUCUGAGAGUUUUUAUUAGAGAUUUCUAGUUUGGUUCUGAUCCUAUUGGUUAUUAUUUACAGUGGAUUGUAAUUUGAUUUAAGAGGGAGCCUGAGUUAGGAUUGCAGAAAUUUGGUCGCUGAGUUCAUAUUGAGUGUGAAGGUUACUAAAUUAUUUGGUUUAAAGUCGAGAAGUUGGAUCACAGAAGUUUUUAAUUUAUUGUCGAUGAUCAUAAUCACCCGUUAAGAAGUGUUUUUGUAGAAUGUAGAUGUUAUGUCGUACUAAUAUAUAUAUUAGUACGACAUAACAUCUACAUUCUACAAAAAUAUAUAUAAUAUCACAUGUGAUUCAAUGUCACAAGCUUGAGCCUCUUUCCAUAGGCUGUUUAAAAUGAGUUUUUAUACGAUUUUUAGAGCUAAAUUUUUAAAAUAUUUAUUUGGGUUAAAAGCCACCAAUGACAAAGGGUUACCUUGUUAUAUAGGUGUUAUCUAAGUGUUAUCUAAGUGUUAUCUAAGUCUGACCUGGGUAAUACUUUGUGUUAAUAUGCCUCGUUUCGUUAAGAAAUCGGACUCUGUAAUGGGCGUUAACUGCAUGGGCCAAGUUUAAGGCAUUUCACUGCCUGAAAAUUGUUUUGAGUCUAUUUAAAGCUGUAUAUAUGAUAUAAAGUAAUUUAUCUGUAAAUAUAUUAAAUUUUGUUUAUAGAACUUCCAA